CACAAACACAGUGGGGUUUUAGCUGCUUUCAGGUGCUUCUGCUUGUGUCCUCCUCUGUCUCCCCUCUCUAACCUGGUCCUCCCUGGUGUCCCGUUCCUCCCGCCUGCCGUGCUGUGUUCAUAGGUUCAGAUAGUCUCCAAAAAAGUGGACUACAGUCACGUGACCUCACGCUUGGGCUCCAAGGACAAUAUGAAACAUAUUCCUGGUGGAGGGAACGUUCAGAUUCUCAGCAAGAAGAUCGACUUGAGUAAAGUGACCUCGAAGUGUGGAUCCAAAUCCAACAUCAAACAUAAACCAGGUGGAGGUGAAGUCAAGAUCGAGAGCCAUAAGGUGAACUAUAAGGAUAAAGCUCAGUCCAAGGUGGGAUCCAUGGAUAAUGUCAACCAUGAGCCUGGAGGAGGGAAAAUCAAGGCUGAGGGGGUUCAGGAGACUCCCUGCAGUGGUGUUUCUGCCGCCGCUGAUGCCCAGGAGAAUGGGCUGAAGGACGGCGGCCCCUGCAAGAGUGACCCGAUCCGGGACUCGCAGGGCCUGGACUUGCUCAUCCCUGAAACAAGUAAGUUUGUGUGUGAACCCAGCCCAAAAGCAGCCCACCGAAGCCCCCCGCCAGACUAGAGCUGAUUUAGAUUAUGACUGACAUCCAGAGGCCAUUGCUCUCAUGUGUUUAUCCAUCAUUCUAUUCAGUUGUUGCUUAUUUUGAGUGAUUUUGUUAUGUUUAAGCGGCAUGCUGAUUAUUGUUGUUGUCUGAUUUAUCAUAGUGCGAGAGGUCGACUGAUUAAUAAUGCAAAACCAUAAAACAAAGCAAGAUGAAAAUCUGAAUUUAAAAUCGAAGUUGCAUCUGUAUGUUACGUUAAAAACGAAUAAAUGCAUUUAAUUUGAAGGAAA